AUGUUGGGUGUUAUAAGAAACAAGUCUAUUCGCCCUUCCUUUUCCACAUUCAGAUUUUUCUCUUCUUCAGCUAAACAGAUGACAGUGAGAGACGCUCUUAAUUCUGCACUUGAUGAAGAAAUGUCUGCUGAUUCUAAAGUUUUCUUGAUGGGUGAAGAGGUUGGAGAAUAUCAAGGUGCUUAUAAGAUUACCAAGGGUCUGCUAGAGAAGUAUGGUCCUGAAAGGGUUCUCGACACUCCCAUCACCGAGGCUGGGUUUACUGGAAUCGGAGUUGGUGCUGCUUACUAUGGUCUGAAGCCUGUUGUGGAGUUUAUGACAUUUAACUUCUCCAUGCAGGCAAUAGAUCACAUCAUUAAUUCUGCUGCAAAAUCAAAUUACAUGUCUGCUGGACAAAUAUCUGUACCUAUUGUCUUUAGAGGACCCAAUGGUGCUGCUGCUGGAGUUGGUGCUCAGCACUCUCAUUGUUAUGCAUCUUGGUACGGCUCAUGCCCGGGGUUGAAAGUUUUGGCACCAUAUUCAGCUGAAGAUGCCCGUGGUUUACUUAAAGCGGCUAUUAGGGACCCUGAUCCUGUAGUUUUCCUUGAAAAUGAGUUGUUAUAUGGUGAGUCAUUCCCUGUUUCUGCCGAAGUUCUUGAUUCCAGUUUUUGCCUUCCCAUUGGAAAAGCAAAGAUUGAGAGAGAAGGAAAAGAUGUGACUAUUACAGCCUUCUCUAAAAUGGUUGGCUUUGCACUAAAGGCGGCUGAGAUACUUGAAAAGGAAGGAAUCAGUGCCGAGGUUAUUAAUUUACGGUCAAUCAGGCCACUUGAUCGACCCACCAUCAAUGCUUCCGUAAGGAAAACCAACAGAUUGGUGACAGUUGAAGAAGGGUUUCCUCAGCAUGGUGUUGGCGCUGAAAUCUGUACUUCUGUUAUUGAGGAAAGUUUUGGUUAUCUCGAUGCACCCGUUGAGAGAAUUGCUGGAGCUGAUGUUCCCAUGCCUUAUGCAGCUAAUCUCGAGAGAUUGGCUGUCCCACAUGUUGAAGAUAUCGUUCGUGCUGCAAAGAGAGCAUGCCACAGAUCUGUGCCUUUGGCCGCAGCUGCCUAA